GCUCGCUAACAAUACAUAAACGAACUUGCAGUGGUCCGGAUGCCUGGCCGCAGCCGAUUCGCAUUAGCAUAAUUUAGAAUCUACCAUCACUGGUGGAUACGUGCGUGCAGAUUUCAGGCUAGCAAACUAAUCGAUUAAUGUCGUGAAAGUGUUCUUUUGUGGGUGCGUGCAACGAUUGCCGUAGAUGUGUGUUUGAUUUUGUGUGUUCAUGUUUCCCCAGCGCAAUUUUCCAGCUCCCGUAACACAGUAGUUUGUAGCAUUGCAAAUGCUUUUGUGUUGAAUGUGCUCAUAAUACUCCCAGUCGCUGCCUUUACCGAAUUUUCCAUCAUCCGUACUAAUUUGACCAACGCGACAAUUGGCUGCGAUGGCGUCACCUUUCCGUUAUACGCACGCAAUAACUGCUCGCAUCCCGCUGUCGCUGCGGACACGUGGUGAGAUCGAUCUAGAAGAGGCCAAAUUGCAGCAUGAGAGUUAUGUGAAAAUGCUACGUGACCUGGGAUUAGACGUGAUAGAAUUACCACCGGAUGAAAGCUUACCCGAAUGUCCGUUCGUAGAAGACUGCGCCGUAGUUUGUAAUGGAAUAGCGCUAAUCUGUCGCCCUGGCGAUCCCAAUCGGGUGCAGGAAGUGGAAGCUGUACGAGCUGUUCUUAAAAAGGAGUUGGAUCUUCCGUUGGCUGAGAUAGCCGACCCAAACGCAAAACUAGACGGUGGCGAUGUUUUGUUUACCGGGCGAGAAUUUUUCGUAGGACUCAGUAAGUGGACAAAUGAAGCGGGCGCACGAGCCGUAGCAGCUGCCUUUCCGGAGUAUCCUUGUGUGCCAAUCAAGGUAGAAGACGUAAAUGAUGUAGCGAAUCCUAUUACGUUGGAUUUAGUCUGUGGAGUCAUUCAGGUUACUGAACAUCACCAUUUGAAGUACUACGUUUCCAUGGGGGGAACCGAUGUUUUAUGUGUGAGCCGCAGCAAGGAAUCGCAGGAGAUACUGAAGCGCAUCGAACGGGAAGCUACCUACACUUACCAUACGCUUACGCUUACCGAAGAAACGGCGGCCAACGUGCUGUACGUCAAUGGGACGCUGGUAACGAGGUCCACUGAAGAAAUUCCAGUCUCGGCACAGAUUUUGGCUCAAAAAAUUGACGCUCCACGCCAGAUGUUGUUCCUAUCCGAGUUAGGCAAGUUUUCUAACGGUCUAACGGCCUGCAGCAUUCUGGUGAAACGGUCCAAGCACAUCAAAAGUCUCUAGAAAGUGAAUUCCCGAAAGGUCGACUGCCACUGGUUGCGAUAAACGGUAUCUUCUGUACGGUUCCCUCGUGUGUUUUCAAACCACAAAGUGCUCGAUCUCUAUCCAUUAGAUGCCUCAGGUUUUGUGUUAACUUUGCUAAUCUCGUCACGAGUUUUUCGACUCUCUAUUGAUCUAUUUAUUUGACUCAGUUAUUGAAUCUCAUGCUCCAUUGUACCUUAUUAUAUGUCCUUUUAUUGUUGUUGAUACUGUGCCCCUUAACCAGAGUUGGUUGUGGCAAAGAAUCAUCGAUAUAUAAAAAUACGAGUAGCUAUUCCACUUCCUUGGAGCGCUUCCAGAGUGUAACUAAAGAGACAAGAUUUGAUUUACGUU